AAUUGAAAAAAAGAAAAAAGGAAAGCUAACAUUGGGGGACGUGAAACAGUGUGCUUAACAUUCUUAAAAUAUUAAACCUCGAUUUUUUUUUCUUUUAUAAAUUUUCUGUUUGAUUGAAACGCUAAAGGAGCAUGUCAGAUGACAGGCGAGAAUUUUCUCAGGUGACAAACAACAGAUAUCUGCAGUCUCUCAGAUGUACCAGUUUGUUGAUGGAAGGGAAAUUUUGAAACCACCAGCUGUCCGAGAUUCAAGAUGUCAAAAAAUUUAUGUCCCUUUAAACGAUAGAAGCUGUGGCAUAGCUCAAACAAACUGUCAAAGCUCAAGGAUAGUCAUAGAGGAAAAUAUUGGAUUGGAAUCUUGUUCUGAACUGGAUUUUGUGAGAAGUUGCUCAGGACAGGAAUCUCUUUGUCCUGUCCCAGAUCAGACAACCACCACAUGCAAGCUCAUCAAAGUUCAUGCUGUUACUCUGUCUUCUCCUUCUACGAUACUCUCUUUCACUGAGAAUGCAUCUCAAACUUCACAUGUUUCACGUGUAAUUGAUUCGGACCAGCAGCCAUACAAUGAGUCAGAGGCUUCUAGGGUGCUGCAGAAUGUGCAUAUAUCAGCUCAAUUAAUGGAGGAUUUUCUUGAACUAGCUAAGGACAACACAAAGAAGGAUCUGGAAACCUGUGGUGUUCUCAGUGCUUUUCUUGAAAGGGGGACAUUCUAUGUAACCACUCUCAUAAUACCUAAACAGGAAUCAAGUUCAAAUUCUUGUCAGGCUAAAAAUGAGGAGGAAAUUUUUGCCAUACAAAAUGAACGGUCCCUUUAUCCAGUGGGAUGGAUACAUACACACCCUUCUCAGAGUUGUUUCAUGUCAUCAAUAGAUCUCCAUACUCAAUACUCAUAUCAGGUAAUGGUGCCUGAGGCUUUUGCCAUUGUUAUGGCUCCUACCGAUAACUCAAGGAGUUAUGGGAUAUUCCGGGUUUCUGACCCCAGUGGAAUGAGUGUACUCAAAGAAUGCCAGGAGAAAGGAUGUCAAUUUCAUUCUCACAAAGAAACAGAAAACGGGAGCCCCAUUUAUGAACAUUGCACUCAUGUCUACAAAAAUUCAAAUCUAAGGUUUGAGAUCUUUGACCUGCGCUGAAUUAUGUUGAUGUCGACAAUUAAAUGGGUGAAACCUGCAUGCCACAUAACAGAAUUUGGCUGAUAAAAGAAGGCUAAAUAAAACAGUGUUUCUUUAAAUAAGUGUGCAUAUUGCUUCAUGUAUAGCUGUAAUAAUGAUGAGGUUGCACCUAGAAUGUGUUUUAAUAAAUGACAGUUUCAUUUGAUAUGCAUGCAUUUCAUUUUGUUU